AUGUCUUCCACCACUCCGAGCACGACCAUCACCUCGUCGAGUGGGACCGUUAGCACCACCGCCGCCGCCGCCGUCACUAGCACCGCCGCACGUUUCAUCAGCUCCUCGGCACCUCGUACCCUAUCCACUGGGACCGUCUCGUCGGCCGUCACCACUGCGCUCAUCGACGCGACCACCGAGCGCAUCCAGAAGAUUCUGAUCAUCGGGACCAAUAUCGAUGUUGUCGAGCUGGCCUCCACCAACUAUCCAAUGGUAAUCGAGAAAAUACUCCGAGAGCAGCUGGGGGGGACCAAAACGUUUUCCAGUGGUUCUGGUUGAUCUGCAUUGCGGGAGCAAUGUUCUGCACGAUCAGCUGCAUCGCCUGGUUCUUCUGUGCCAUGUGCACGUUCAAAAGUGAGUCGUCGCGUUUCGCAACCGACCCACAAUUCGCAACCACCGAAACGUUCUAGAAGCGAAGCCGUGCAAUCAUUCGAUCGUCGAAGCGCACGUCAUCGCCGAAAAUGGGAAAGAGUCGAAACCGGCGGCGAACGAAAAGAACGAAAAGAAACUGGAGGCGUUGAACGAGGCGAACUCGCUGGCGAAGAGCUUCAAAAGCAUUCGAUCGUCGAAGAAAUCGUCGAAAAGAUCGUCGAGAAAGGAGGAGAAGGACGAGAAGUCCGGCUCGAAAGAGCCCGUCGAAGGAGAACACGAUAAUAAUAAUAAUAAUAAUAGAAAUGCGGGCGGCGCCGAUUCUUGCGUUGUCGAGAUUUUUGAGGAGCCCGAGCCGGCUCACCAACACACGUUCGGAUUCUUUGGAAAGGUACAAAAAAGAGCUCAUUUUACGUGUUUUCCAUUAAUGUUCUCAGCUCAAAAGCUUGUGGAAGGAGUAG